AUGACCUAUCAGUUGCGGAAAGUUUGGAUCAUAGAAAAGACCGGAACUUUUAACAAUCUCAAGAUAAAAGAGGAUGGUCUUGAACCACCGCCGCCUGAUUAUCUUCGUGUAAAAGUUUCGUGUUGUGGCCUCAACUUUGCUGAUAUGUUUGCUGUAGUUGGACUUUACUCUGCUACACCCAAGGGAACUUUUACGCCAGGUUUGGAAUUCUCGGGUGUGGUUGAACACGUCGGUAAGGGGUUGAAAGAAGAAGAGUGGUUGGGAAAGCGUGUCUAUGGUGUGACAUACUUUGGAGGUUACGCCACGUAUAUCAAUGCAAAAAGUUCGUACGUGAAAAAAACCCCAAAGGGGUGGACCGAUCAGCAAGCCUGUGCUUAUGUGGUCCAAGGGUUGACGGUUUUCUACGCACUAGAAGAGCUUGGUCGGCUUAAACCGAAUCAAGCCGUCCUGGUACAUUCCGCGGCCGGUGGAUGCGGCAUGCUUGCGCUUUCGAUGCUGAACAAAAGAUCGGCGAAGGUGGUGGGUACCGUGGGGAUGCCCUCUAAGCUCGACUUAUUGAAUGAAAAAUACGGGGAGAAUCCAAAUUUUAACUUCAUCCUGCGAGAUCCCGCCAAGGAUUUUGAAGCACGGGCUAAAAAAGCAUUGUCUCAGAUAACAUCUAAAAAUGAAGAAUUCUUUGACAUUGUAUUGGAUAGUGUCAUGGGGGAUUGGUUUUGGCCGAAUUAUAAUUUAUUGAACAGAGAGGGUAGAUUGGUUAUAUAUGGCUCGGCAAGCUAUACUCCAACCGAUAAUCUUCAUCCAAUAUGGAAUAUGUUUCAAUGGCUGAGAUUGGGAUGGAAGUAUCUUUGGAGGCCCAAGGUUGAUCCAUUAAAACUCGUGGGAGAUAACAAGUCGUUACUCGGCUUCAAUUUGAUUUACCUUUACGGAAAUGAAGAGCGACUGGGUCAGAUUUUUGAUCGUCUCCAAGAGUUGGAAUUAGAUCCUCCAUAUGUUGGACAUGAGUUUGACUUUGAUGAUGCUGUCGAAGCAUUGACCCUUAUGCGAUCGGGAAAAAGCGUUGGCAAGAUAGUCCUUAACGCCGCAGUUCCAGCUGGAUUAGCAGACAUGUCUCCACGAAAAACAGUUCAGCAAAAACUCACCGACGUCCUCUCCACUUCAAAAAAACACAAAAAGAAUUUCAAGGUCGCCGCGAAGGGUGCUACAGGCGAAGGCACCGCAGUCGACGAGAAGCGUUAUGAAGCGGCGAACGAGUCGCUAAAUGAAUCAGAAGGAACAGGCGACGAAAUUGCAUUCACUCAUGAAUUCGACCAACAAAUAAUAACACUUGAGAAAGGAGUCUCUCGUGACGAACUCACGGCCGAUGCGAUUCUUCAACAAUUUGAUCUGGAGUACAAAUAUGGUCCGUGCCUAGGAGUAAGAAGAUUAGAUCGUUGGGAAAGGGCUCAUAAACUUGGACUGAGUCCGCCGAUCAAGAUCCGAGAAUUACUGACGGAGUAUCCAUCGCUCAAUGAAAAAAAUUUCCUAGAAGAUUUCCUAGGGGAUACUUUGGAUUCGAAGAAAAUACAUAUUGUGGAACAUUGA